AUGUCACUUUCUCAGGAUGAAGUAUAUUUAGUAGACGAUUUAAGGGCUAUCCAAGAUGAAAAAAGCUUUUCUGAUGUAACCCAGAUAGAGUGGAAACCCAAAAAAAAUGUUACUUGGCCUCUUACACCUAAGAAAGUUAUAGAAUCCUCGGGAGAAAAAAACGACCCUAAGCAUGAGGAUAUUGAAGAAUCGUCUGAUAAUAAUUAUUCUUCUUCACAAUGGGAAACGUCAGAUAAUAAUGAGUUCCAAGUAGAAGUUGUAAUAAGGAUAGAACAAGAGGAUUUCAUGAUGGAUGAAUUUAUCAAAUGGCCAGAAGACGACCAGGAAGAAACCUCUGAGCCACAAGUUAUUGAUAUCAGCACAGACAGAAUUGGGAAAACUCAGCUCUUCGAAAAUGAAUUCUUCUUCUACAACCAUCCUACCCUUAAUAACCAUAUAGCAGCCUGGGAGCUAAAUUUAAGGGAGACUGUAUAUUGA